GCCCACCGAAGGAGAGGCUGUCAUUCCAGCAGAGCAGAGACCUAGCGUUGUCAUCCCAGUACCCAGGCCGCGCCCAGGCAGAGAUCUAGCGUUGUUACCCCAGUACCCAGGCCGCGCCGCAGAGGAAAGGAGGAGAGGGCAGGGCUGCAGCUUUUGUUGAGACAGACGCACACUGGUGGCUUUUCUCCUCAGUCCUCUGUAAAAAAACGGGAGUGAGUGAAGAGGGGGAGGAGGCACGGAGAGGAAGACGAGAAUUAACACCAUCCAUCCUUUUUUUCUAUCUGGGAAGACUGCUGAGUGCUGCUCUUCUCUCUUUUCAUUCCUGUUCUUAUUGUAUCUGAGAAGACUGCUGUCGUUCGGCACAGAGAUUUUCUCUUCCUUUUCAUUCCUAUUGUAUCUGGGAAGAUUGCUGUCGUUCGGCACAAAUCCUCUCCAUCCCCCUCUUUGCGGCCUUUGCGUCGCCUGGACAGAGAGAGCGUUCCUGCUUUGUUGCUGUUCGUCUCUCAGCCCUCUAUUCGCUGAGUCAUCAUGGCAGACGUUACGCCUCAGGCCGAUGCCCCGACCCCCACCACUGACAAGAUCACGCAGGCAGCCCGGGAGACCAUCUAUCUGUGUAACUUCCGCGUGUCGGUGGACGGAGAAUGGCUCUGUCUCAGGGAGCUCAACGACAUCUCUCUCACCCCAGACCCAGAGCCAGCCCACGAAGAUCCGAAGGACCCUAUAGCCAUCGAGCGGUUGAACCUGAUGAACAUGGCUAAGCUGAGCAUCAAGGGUCUGAUUGAGUCGGCCCUGAACCUGGGCAGGACCCUGGACUCUGACUACGCUCCGUUACAGCAGUUCUUCGUGGUCAUGGAGCACUGCCUCAAACACGGACUCAAAACCAAGAAGACGUUCCUGGGGCAGAACAAGUCUUUCUGGGGGGCCCUGGAGCUGGUGGAGAAACUCACCCCUGAGGCUGGAGAGAUCACCGCCAGCGUCAAGGACCUGCCAGGACUCAAAACCCCGUUAGGAAGAGGGCGGGCCUGGCUGCGAUUGGCCCUGAUGCAGAAGAAGCUGUCAGACUACAUGAAGACCAUCAUCAACAGAAAGGACCUGCUCAGUGAGUUCUACGAGGCCAAUGCUCUCAUGAUGGAGGAGGAGGGAGCCGUGAUCGCCGGGCUGCUGGUUGGGUUGAACGUCAUCGAUGCCAACCUCUGUAUGAAAGGAGAAGACCUGGACUCACAGGUCGGGGUGAUAGACUUCUCCAUGUAUCUUAAGGAUGGGGGUCACAGCAGCAAGACGGUGGAAGGGGAUGGCCAGAUCACAGCCAUCCUGGACCAGAAGAACUACGUUGAGGAGCUCAACAGACACCUGAGUGCUUCAGUCAACAACCUGCAGGCCAAAGUGGACACUAUGGAGAAGUCCAACACCAAGCUCACUGAAGAGCUUGCAGUAGCCAACAACAGGAUCAUCACCCUACAAGAGGAUGUAGAACGAGUCAAGGAGGAGAGCUCCUACCAGCUAGAGUCCAGUCGCAAGGCGUCACGGUCAGGUGACGGCUUGGCAGACGGCCAGGUGCUGGGAGAGGCACGCAAACAGCUUAAGGAGGAAACUCUGCUACGAUUGGAUGUAGAGAAGGAGUUGGAGGUUCAGAUUGGUAUGAAGCAGGAGAUGGAGCUGUCUAUGAAGAUGUUAGAGACGGAUAUGUGUGAGAAACAGGAUGCUCUGGUGGAACUACGACAACAGCUGGAUGACCUCCGGACCCUCAACCUGCAGCUAGCGCAGAAGUCCCAGAGCUCGGAGGUGAGCGCCAAGCAGAAGAGUGAGGUCAUCAGUCGCCUAGAGGAGAAGACCAAUCAGAUGGCUGGGACUAUUAAACAGCUAGAGAUCAGUGAGGAAGACUGUGUGAAGCAGGCCAGAAGCUUGAGUUCCAACGCAGAGAAACUGCUUCAGAAGCAACAGUAGUCCUCCCUCCCCUCUCCUCUGUUCCCCAGAAUGACACCCACAUCAUAGUUUGAUAAACUCUGAUCCAAAUCAGAAAAACAAUAUUUGCAUAAUAUAGAAAUGACUUAAAGGGAUAUUUCAGGAUUUUGGCAAUGAGGUCAUGUGUCUACUUCCCUAGAGUUAGAUGAACUUGUGGAUGCCAUUUUGUAUGUCUCCGCGUGCAGUUUGAAGGAAGUUGCAAACUAGCGCUAGCGCAAUUGCUAACUAGCGUUAGGGCAAUGACUGGAGGUCUAUGGUAUCUGCGAUCAUGCUAACUAAUGUUAGCACAAUGACUGGAAUGCAAUCGGGUCUGCUAGCAUAUACCAUAAACUUCCAGUCAUCGCGCUGACGCUAGUUAGCAAUUGUACC